AUGGCUUCCUCUCUUCUUCUUCUUGUGUCAGUUUCAUGGUUCUCUUCCUUCCUGACUCUGCUAGUCUCACCCGCACAAGCAGUCACCUGCACCUCACAGGCAUUCAAUAACAACAAGCUCUACUCCAGCUGCACCGACCUCCCCUUCCUCAGCUCCUACCUCCACUGGACCUACAAUACCUCCAACUCCUCUCUGUCCAUCGCCUUCGUCUCUAUGCCCUCCCAAUCUGACGGCUGGGUAGCAUGGGGCAUCAACCCCACCUCCACCAAGAUGGCUGGGGCACAGAUACUCUUGGCCUACAACACAGAUAGUGGGAUCCCGACCGUCAAAACCUUCAACAUCAGCUCAUACACCUCUGUGGUACCGGGAAAACUCUCUUUUGAUAUCUGGGACAUCAGCUCCGAGUUCUCUAACGGAACGUUCAAGAUCUUCGCCGCCGUUAAGGUUCCCAAAAACGAGAAGUCUGUGAACCAAGUCUGGCAGGUGGGCCCCGGGGUCAACCAAACCUCUGGUUUCCCCGACAAACAUGACAUCGUCGGCCCCAACCUCAAGUCCUUUCAGACCCUGUACUUGGCAGCUAGGCCCAUUACGGGCACUAGGAUUAAUCCCAAUAAUCCUGGCACUAGGAUUAAUAAUCCCAAAAAUAGUCGCAACUGCCAUUAUCCCGGUACGGGCACUCCUCCCAUUAGGAAGACUAACAUGUUUGAGUGCUUUCCCGCUAGUGGCCUUGGUGGUGGUGGUGGUGGUGGAGGUGGUGGUGGUAGUGGUGGGGGUGGUAGUGCAGGAGGGGCUUUGAGGAUUGGGAGUGGAGGAAACGUGGUUUUGUUCUCUGUUUUGUUUUUGGUUCUUGCAGCUCUCAUUGCUUUCUAA